AUGGAUAUGAGCUUAUUUUUGGAUGCUAAGUCCACAGACCAAGCUUUCAGCCUCAAUGCUCUUCUUCCAGAUGUUGACAGCAACAUGGUUCUGGCCCCCAGUUUAAAAGACUCUACUGCCACAUCACUUAGGAAAUCAGUGGCUAAUUUAAUUGGAUACAUCAUACCCAACAGAUCAUCUCUUGCAGUAGCCGCAUCAGUGUCUUCCUCUAAAGCAUUUAACCAAUAUUUUAGGGAUCUUGAUACUGAAAUGGCUACCAAGGAAGGAAAUAAGAAAACUUCUUCCUUUUGUUUUAUUGAAGAUGAUGAGGAAUGUUCCGAAGAGGAAGUUCAUGCAAAGAAGGCAAUGCAAAUGAACAAUGACUCAAUGGUCUCUGAGAUUUUCCUUUUGGGAUUUCAGCAUCUCAACUAUUUCAAGUUCCCAAUGUUUUCUUUGAUUCUUUUGAUUCACAUAUUGACCAUCUAUGGAAAUGUCCUUGUCAUAGCGUUGGUAACAAUCAGCCAUGAUCUUCAGUCUCCCAUGUUCUUCUUUAUCAGACAACUCUCCUUAUCUGAUCUCCUGGAGUCCAUGGUUAUUGUGCCCAUCCUGCUCAAAACUGUCAUGAAUGAAGGAACUAAAAUCUCCCUUAUUGGCUGUAUUGUACAACUUUAUUUCUUUGCUAUCACUGACAUUUUACAGUGUUUCCUUCUCACUGUGAUGUCCUAUGACAGAUAUCUGGCCAUCUGUAAUCCUCUGCGUUAUUCUUCCCUAAUGAACCACAAAUUGUGUGUUAAAUUAAUUGUCAUGUCCUGGGUGAUUUCCUUUAGUGUUACACCAGUUGUUGUAAUUUCUGCAGCUACACAAAAGUUUUGCAACCAAAAUACGAUCAACCAUUUCUUCUGUGAUUACUUUCCUCUUCUGGAACUUUCCUGCUCAGACACCUCCAUGGCACGAAUAUUGCAAAUAACAAUGUCUAUGCCUGUGAUUCUGACCCCUUUUAUACUGAUCAUUGUAUCAUAUAUGUGUAUUGGCCAUGAAAUCCUGAAGAUAGUGUCCAAUACUGGGAGACAAAAAGCCUUCUCCACCUGCAGCUCCCACUUGGCUGUGGUCUCCAUAUUUUAUGGGAGUCUCUUUGGUGUUUAUGCGGCUCCCACAAGAAACCAGUCACAGACCAUUAGCAAAGUUCUUUCUCUAUUUUACACAGUAGUGACUCCUUUUAUCAACCCAAUGAUUUACAGCUUGAAAAGGACCUUGAAUGGUGAUGGGUACACUCUCAUGCAAUCUCUGUGGAUUCCGGUGUUCACCUUUUGGAGCCCCGGGCUUUCUGCUGUGGAAACCAACAAGGAACAAGUGCGUAUAAGAGAAAAAGUCCAUAAACGAGGUACCGGCAAGAUAAGACAAGACGAGGUCGAGAAUCAGGCAAUGGGUCAAGGCAGGCGGCAGGAAUCAGAGUCAAGAGUCAGCCAGAAGUCAAAAACCAGGAAUUCAAAGCACAAUAUGAAUGCUUCGUAA